UCGGAUACUGUAGAUGGACCCAGGAAAUAGUGGCGGAUCGGCACCGGACGUGCAACAACACAAAAGCAGCAGGGGAAUCGGUCUGGUGGACGGGAGGCUUUAAACACAGCUCGUGUAGACCUCAGGACUCGGACGGGGAAAGUACCGGUACCGUGUUUGCAGAAAGCGUCCUUUUUUACAGGAUAUUACAUUGGAAGGAUUUGCAGACGGGAAACUCAAACCAAGCACCAUAUCGACAUCGGACGGUGCCGCUCGAUCCAUCGGGACCCGAACACCAUCAUCGUCCUUUGAACAUGGAAGCAAAGAGCCCUGUUCAAGGCGAGGAGAAACGGUUCACUUGUUCUGAGUGUGGACGAGGCUUUAGCCAAACGCCUGACCUUUCGAAACACAUGCACAGUCACACUGGGGAGAAGCCUUGGAAGUGCGGGGACUGCGGAAGGGGAUUUAAUUACCCCUCGGACUUGGACAUCCAUCGGCGCAUUCACACUGGGGUGAGGCCAUUCAACUGCUCUGUAUGCGGGAAGGGAUUUGUCCGGUCAAACAGCCUCAUUUCACACCAACUGGCUCACACUGAUAAGAGACCGUUUAAAUGCGCUGACUGCGAGAAGAGCUUCAAAUGCAAAAGGGAACUGCUGAGGCACCAGCGCACCCACACUGGGGAGAGGCCAUUCACCUGCUCCGAGUGCGGGAAGGGGUUCGCUGACUCAUCCAACCUGCUGAAACACCAGCGCACCCACACUGGGGAGAGGCCGUUCGUCUGCCCCGUGUGCGGGAAGGGGUUCAGUCAGUCGUCCCAGCUCAAUAAACAUCAGCUUGUUCACACCAGUAAGAGACCGUUCAAAUGCUCUGACUGCGGGAAGAGCUUUAAAAGCACGAGUAACCUGCUGACACACCAGCGCAUCCACACCGGGGAGAGGCCGUUCAGCUGCUCAGUGUGUGCGAAGCGAUUCGUUAAUUUAUCCCACCUCUCUGAACACCAGUGGGUGCACACUGGGGAGAGGCCGUUCACCUGCUCCGAGUGCGGGAAGGGCUUCAUUAAUCUAUCCCACCUCUCUGAACACCGGCGGCUUCACACCGGGGAGAGGCCAUUCACCUGCUCCGUGUGCGGGAAGGGAUUCAUCCGGGCAAGCAACCUCCUCUCGCACCAACUCGUUCACACCGACGAGAGACCCUUCAAGUGUUCCGACUGUGCCAAGAGCUUCAAAUGCAAGAGGGAGCUGCUGAGGCACCGGCGCACCCACACUAGGAAGAGGCCGUUCACCUGCUCUGCUUGUGGGACGGGAUUCAUUGACUCCUGCGACCUGCUGAAACACUGGUGCGCUCACACUGGGGAGUGGCCCUUGGUCUGCUCCGUGUGCGGGAAGGGGUUCACCCAGUCAUCCCAGCUCAAUAAACAUCGGCUUGUUCACACGACUGCGAGGCCAUUCAAAUGCUCUGACUGCGGGAAGAGCUUCAAAAGCACCGGGAACCUGCUGACGCACCAGCGCAUCCACACCGGGGAGAGGCCGUUCAGCUGCUCCGAGUGCGGGAAGCGAUUCAUUAAUUUACACCACCUCUCUGAACACCAGUGGGUGCACACCAGGGAGAGACCGUUCACCUGUUCCGAGUGCGGGAAGGGCUUCAUUAACUCGUCGCACCUCUCGGAACACCGGCGAGUUCACACCGGGGAGAGGCCGUUCACCUGCUCCGUGUGCGGGAAGGGGUUCGUCCGCUCAAACAACCUCCUUUCGCACCAACUCGUUCACACCGAUAAGAGACCCUUUAAGUGUUCCGACUGUGACAAGAGCUUCAAAUGCAAAAGGGAGCUGCUGAGGCACCGGCGCACCCACACUGGGGAGAGGCCGUUCACCUGCGCUGCUUGUGGGAUGGGAUUCAUUGACUCAUCCAGUCUGCUGAAGCACCAGCGUAUUCACACUGGGGAGAGGCCUUUCACAUGCUCCAUGUGCGGGAAGGGGUUCACUCGUUCAUCCACCCUGCUGAACCACCAGCGAGUUCACAAGCGACAGCGCGGGUUGGAUUCUGCCCUUGUUGCUGCUGCUGUCAAUCACAUCCAGGAUUGAACCACGUUUACUCUGACAGUUUGUUGCUGCUGCUGAUAUCAGUAACCAUAUGACUGGACUGGGGUUAAUAUUCAAGUAUAUUUUAAUAUACGCGUCAUGGAAAGUAAAGCAGGAGGGGGACCCUUUUUAAAAGGCUUCCUUCCAGUAAGGUAAACGACCACGAAUCCCUGUAA